UAAAACGUCGACUCAGGGUUUACCAACCGGCCCGUUUCAGUUUUUACAUUUUGAUAAGGGGGCGUGGCAGUUUUGGCGGGAAAUGAACAUGUAGUUGAUCGAACACGAGGGAAAACAACAGUUUACAAUGAGUCAAGAUAAUGGUGCCAAUGUUUCUAUCGUUAAACGCUUUGCGCAGCAGCUUGGAAUCGACAAUAUAAAGACAAUUAAAAAAGCUUGUGAGUUUUCACAGCUGUUAGACAUACGUACAAGCAGUUCAUCAUUUAAAGCUCUUCAGCUGAAUGGAUCAAGUAAAACUAUCAUAUGUCUAGAACUGGCAGCUGUGUCCUGUGGAACAACUGUAGAUAGGACUGAAGCUGUAAAAAUAUCUGGUGUAAACAAGAAGGUCUACAUUGGCUCACUGAAAGCAGUGGAGUCCAUCUUGGAACUCCAUGACAACAAGAGUAUAAAAGAUCUCGCUGUGCAGUUCGGGUGUACUCAGGCAGUUACACUAGCACAGCAAACACUUCAAAGAUACGAAAAGAUGCUGUGUUCCACUGUUGACACUUCUAGUCCGUUGUUUCAAGUAGCAGCUCUUGACGUCGCCUGCAGAAAGUUGAAGGUGAGGGUGGACAGAGUCAAACUGAAGGAGACGUGCUGUGUUAAGAAGACCACGUACAGUAGACUUCUUACAGAGAUGGAAAAACAUGCAGACAGUUUGCUGGCUGAAAAGGUGAUAACAACAAAGAAAACUAAAACCUUCCUAGAAGAAGUUGAAGAAAAACUUAAUGCUGAAUCACCAGCAGAUAAACCGAGAAAGCGUCACUAUGACAACGAUUCUGAAGAGGAAACAAAGGAAAACUAUGCUGAAUGGAAGAAAAGAAUUCUUGCAAAAGCUGCAAAAUCAUAGCAACUCAAAAAAAUUAUUUUUUUGAAAAGAGCAAGACAUUUUUUCUUGAUGACAUUUAUUAGUUGUUUUAAAAUUUGUUUAUCUCAAUGUGAUAGACAUCUCUUGUGAAUUUACCAUAUACCUAUAUUUUUCAACUUAACCUGACCUUAAAGGGACAUUCCUGAGUUUGCUGCAAUUUUUAAGAUGUUAUCGACUAACAGAGACUUUUUAACGAUUGUAAUUACAUAUCAGAUAUAUUUUUCUGCAUAAAAUAUUAGUGGCUAUAUA